AUCGGGUUCAAUUUUAACAUUAUUUGUAUAAGUUUCAUGUCUCGAUUCUUAUAAUCAAAAGUCUAAGGGGUAUAAUUACAACUAUCAUCUUGCUUUAAGGGUGGUUUUUGCAAUUUUUUCAAAAUAUACCCACUUUUUGAAGUAUUCAAAUACAAAUCAAACUGACACUUCUAAUCCUCAUCCACGCAUUUAUAAAACUAUUACUCUUCCUGUUGUUGUUUUGUUCAUUUCCUUAGAAAUAAUAAUCAAGAGGAAGCAAGAAAGAAACAAUAAUGAAGAUUGAAAAAGAGAUGUUUCAUCCAAUUCAUCCAUGGCACAAGCUUAAGCUGAAUCACACUGAUACCCCUUUCAACUGUAGUGGUUGCCAUGAAGCUGGCAUUGGUUUCAAUUACCAAUGCCUCCAAUGUGACUUCACCUUGCACAAGCUUUGUGCCAUGGCACAUCCCAAGAUCACUCACCCUUUCUACCCAAAAUGCACUUUUGAAUUCUAUUCUUCCCCGCCCGGUGCAUGUGCCAGGUACUGUGACGCUUGUCGAAACGACGUUUCAGGGUUUGUUUACCAUUGUAAGCGUUGCGGUUUCGAUCUCCACCCUUGUUGUGCAAACCUCCCUCAAGUCCUUGACGAUGGUGAACGCAACCUUUACCUUAGUUUGAAGCUCUCGGGGCCGUGCCACCGAUGCGGAGGCAAGGGACCAGGAUGGUCUUACAAGUCUAAAUGCAGGAAUUAUAACCUUCAUUUGUCAUGUGUGAAGGAAUUGCUAGUAGAGAGCUGGCAAGCCAUGUACCUAAAAGUAGACAAGAACAAAGUCAUUGAGGUUCAAACAAGGAUUCCAAGCCUUAAGGGGACACUCCUAAAUAACCAAAGGGAAAGAGGAAAGGUUGAGCAAGGAUUUCAGAUGGCGGGUCGUGCCGUUCGGUGCAUCGUCUCCGCUAUGCUCGGUGACCCAACGUCCAUGAUUGCUGCUGUUGUUGGUAGCCUCAUACCAAAGUAGAAAGGAGAGGCAAAAUCAUGUACGUAAUUUAAAUUUAUGUGGCUGUGUUGAUGCUUAGCCUUGUUUGGUUUGUGUGUGUAAUGUUCAUAAGAUAUAUUGUUGGUGAAAAAAAGUUAUUUCUUUGUUUUUUUAUUAAAUUGCUUUUCAUUUAAAAA